AAUGGGUUUCUAAAUAAUUUUUAAGAUAGGUUGAUUAAAAAAAAACCCGAUAUUUUUUGCUGUGUAACUUAAUAAUAGGUACAAUUAUAAUUAUCUAUUAAAUAUUAUAUUUCCUUAUAAUAUAUAACUAUUUUAGUUCCCAAUUUAUCAAUAUACUUAAUCGACUGUUAAUUUAUUGUUAUACUUUAUAUUGCACCUUGGUAAGUAUCAUAUAUAUUUAAUUUGCUUUUAUUGUAUGAUGAAAUUAUUAAAUUGUUUUAUUAUUUAUUUUUACUAUAAGAUUAUACCAUAUACAUUUAUCUAGUCAUUUGAUAAUAUAAAACAAAUAAAUUCAAUGUUUCUCCAGUGUUGGUGAUUUUCUAAAAAAUAUAAAGUAAAGAUGGAUAUUGCAAAUGAAACUGGAAUGGUUGUAAGUUUUAAUUAAAUACCUAGUAAUGAAAUAAUGAUAAAUUUAUAUGAAAUAUUUUAAUCGUAGAUUGAAACAGGAAAAAAUAUCACGAGAGUCAUGACCAGGGAAGAACAAAUGAGGUAUGUAUCAUACCUAUCAGUGAUAAAUCAUUUAUACCCUGUAAUUUUUAUUCUAAGUUCAAUUUUAUCACAUUAGCCAUUAAUAAAUUAGACAGAUUUUUCAUAGUUUAUUUUAUAUUUAAUUUGGUGUAUUUCAAUUGAAUUGUUUUCGAUUUUUUUUAUAUUUUUCAUAAUUAUACUUAUUAAACUAAAAUGGUCAGUUUAAUAUAUAUUUAUAUUAAUAAUAAAAAUUUAGAUUAUAUUAGUGAUGGUUUUUUUUACAUAGACAUAAUAAACCAUCUUAUUAUGGUCUUUAACUUUGGUGAUUUUGCUAUAUACAGUAUAUUUUUAACAAUUGACAACUUUAGUUGCUUUGAACCAACUGGCAAUCCAUAGUCCCCAAUGUUUAAAUGUUGGAAGCUUAGCUCUUAUACUACCUAUAAAUGGUGAAACUGGAUCACAUGUUAUACACAGUCAUAGUGACAGUUAGAAACAUGACUAAAUAAGACUAAUAAUAAUUUUAAAAUUAACAUAAACAUUUUGAUGUUUAGUAAAACCUGGGGAAGUUAAUGAUUAUAUUAUAUAUAAUUUAUUUAUAACAUAUUUUCAUAUUUUGUCAACCUCAAGUAAUUGGGGAAAACUUCAAAUAGAAAAGAAUAUGACAAAUUAAUAUAUAUUUUAAUAUUUAGAGAAGAGCACCGAAAGCUACAUGAAGCACAUAAAGGCCAUGAAUCAAUGCAUGCUGAAAUGCUAUUAAUUUUAAUGGUUACUAUGAUUGUUGCCCAAAUAGUUCUAAUAGAAUGGAAAAGAAGACAUUUUAAAUCCUUUCAAGUAAAUAUUAUUUUAUAUUGUAAUACUAAUUGUAUGUUCUAUUAAUUAAGUUUUUUUAGAUUGUAACAUCUUUGGCUUUAUGGGUGGUACCAUUUAUAAUGUGUAUUCAUUUGUCAUAUUGGAGAUUUAUUAUAUUUUGGACAUUAUUUUCAUUUAUCACUGGACUUGUUGUUCAAAAAGCUUUGGAAAAACCUUUACAAGGAUCAACUCCCAGGUAUGUAUAUUGUCGCCUAUUUUAUUUGUCGCCAAGGCGAGCACUUAAUAUAAAUUAUUGCACCGUGUUGUGUAUAGUGUGAUGGCAUAAAUGUUAUCCAGAUUGGUGUACAAAUGGUUCUAUUUCGUCUACAAACUAACAUAUGUAAUUGGUAUUGCUGGAUACUUGAUUAUGGUAGCUGCUUUCUUGGGUAUCAGUUUUGUAUUCAAAGCUAAUCCAGCUACAUGGACAGAUUAUGGAUUGAUCAUUAUGUAUUAUGGAUUGUACUUUGGUGUGCUAGGACAAGAUAUUGCUGAAAUAUGUGCUUCCAAAAUGGCUGCACACUUGGGAGUAAGUACAAUACUUUUAAAAAUCACUUACUUUCUUGGACCACAAAUUAAAUAAAAAUGAAAACUUAAAUUAUUAGUGCAACAUCCCAAUAGAUAGCAUACUCUGUUUCAAACAAAAAAUACACUUACCCAAUAUCUUUAAUACUUUUAAUGAUCUUAUCAGUGUUUACUAGAGCUUUUAUGCCAUGGUCAAAAACAUCCAUUUAUUUGAUUUGUGAGUUUUCCCUUGGCUCGAUCUAUCUGGGAUUAAAAAAAAGCAAUAUAUUUAUUUAAAUUAAAUACAUUUUGUAAUAUAAAAAAUAAUAAUAUUAUUGGUUAGUACUACAUGAUAGUAUAUAAUACCAUAUAAUAAGUACCUGCACUAUAUUUUAAUAACUAUAUUAUAUAUUCAGUGAUAAUAUUUAAACUGUUUUCACAAAAAUUAUUAUUGGAGCAAUUUAUUGAAAUCUGCAGCCUAUAAUUGAAAGAAAAAAAAAUGACUUCUAUUGUAGUGCGAGUAUAAAAUAAAUAAAAAACAACUUAAAUUAAAUAUAUUAUAGUUACAAUAUAUAGUGGAAAAAAUAAAGUAUGUAAAUAUUUUUGUCUCAAAAUAAGAACAUUUGGAAAGAAGAAAUUUGAAUUCAUAUGAGUAUUAUUUAUAAUUUAUAAUUAUUUAUUUUAAAAAUAAAUAGGUAUAUUAUAUUAUUAUUGGUAUGUUAUAUAAUAUGUCAUAUGAGAUAAUAGUACAUUACAUCAUGCAUAGAUACAAUAAUAAAAUAUUUGUAUUAAAUUUAAAAAGAAAUUAAAUGAUAUAUACCAUGGAGUGUAAAAAAUAUGUAGGUACCUAAAAAAAAAAACCUAUAUGAUAUGCUACAGUGUUUUCGAUAUAAAUAAAAAUAAAAUAAAUAUAUAAAUAAAUAUAUUUAUGAAUAAAUAUCAAUCAUUUUUGUUAUAUUCAAUCGGUGUGCGAUUUGGAAAUCCAAGUUAUCGAAUAGUCAUUAUUCAGAUUGCAGGGAUAACAAAGUCAACAUCUGAGUACAUAUGCUAUAGCCAUAGCUUUAUUUUAAGCUGAUUUUUAUAUAUUUUGUACUUACACUAUAGUGUAGUUGUCAUUUUUGUUACAUUCAAUUUGAUUAUAAGCAGAUUUCAAUAACUUGCUUCGAUAAUUAUUUUUGUGAAAACGUUAAAAAUAUUAUCAUUGAAUAUAUUAUAAUAUAGUCAAUAGUAUUAAACUGUUGUGUAUGUACUAUGGUACAAUAUAAAUGUUUAAUGGUACUAUAUAAUAUGUAGUUCUAACCAAUAAUAUUACUUUUUAUAUUAUAAUGUAUAAAAUAAAUAUAUUACUUUUUUUUCCUAAACUUGAGCUAUUUAUAGUACAUUUAUUUUAAUUUAUGCAUGCACCCACUUGGAGUCCGAAAAUAAGUAUUGAAAUUAAACACAUUAACAAUUUGAGAGAUCAUUAAUACCUGUUAAAAAAAAAAAAAAAAAAAAAAAAAUGAACUUUAUGAUGACUAAAUUAAGUUAUUUUUUGAUAAAUCAACUACUUUUUUUUUUUUUAUUAUUAUUAUUAUUAGUAUUAUACUCCUCAAGGAAUACCAACUAGGAGUUUGGAUAAAAAUAUCUGUGCUGUUUGUGGCAACAAAAUUUUAGUGAAUGCUGGCGAAGAAGGAAUUAUUGAAUCUACUUACCAAUUGACAUGUGAUCACAUGUAAGUUUAUUUUUAAAUUAUUCAUUUGUUUUUAACUAAUUAUAAUACAAUUUUGUUUAUUUAAUUUUAGAUUUCAUGAAUUUUGUAUUCGAGGCUGGUGUAUUGUUGGCAAAAAACAAACAUGUCCAUACUGUAAAGAAAAGGUUGAUCUUAAACAUAUGUUCCGUAAUCCGUAUCCUUUUUUGUUAAAAGAGUUUUUAACAUUAUCAAAAUAAAUAAGUUUAAUAUUAUGAAACACCAUAAUAGAUAAUAGGUUUCUGGUGUCUAUAAUAAAUAUGACUGAAAAAUUAGAUUUCUAGCAGCCAUUUCGUUUUAUUAAACACUGACCUGGGUAAUAAUGUAGUAUUUUAGAUUUUACUUUAUUAAUUGCCUUAAGUGUCUCAUAUAUGGAAUGAUAUAUUGACAUACUUAUUGUCAAACGUGGUUGAAGAGAAAAAUUGAUAACAACUGUGACAUAUUGACAAAUCUGUUGCAUGUAUGGUAUUAUUGAUUUCAACUGCAUGUUUGCAUAUACUACACUGUAGUAAUGACCGAGUUCAGAUUUACAUUUAGUUACAAUUUAUAUUCAUAUAAUCAUUCAGUUACCUACCUACUUAUUUUUUUAAAUUAUUUAAAGGUUUUAAACCUGUGUGAUCACAAUGGCUUUUAUAUUUAAUUAGAAAUUUAUUGAUGAAUACAAAAAUCUUCCAGCAUUAUAAAACAUAAAAAGUGAUAUAAUAAAAAAAGUACCUACAAAAUAAAGGCAUUGAGGCACUUAUUAUAAAAUGAAUUAAAAAAAUUCAUGUGUACUUAAUCUUCUCCAAUAAUCAUUGUUUUGAACAUUUCCUUUUUUUCAUUUGUUUGUCAUUGUCCACAGUUAAAACAAAUGCAGCUUUAACUAAUGCUUUUUUUUCCUUUCCAAUAAGUUGGACAUUAUAAAAAAUUGUAGGAAAUGUAUAAAAAAUACUGUAAAACUUCCAUUAAUAGUCACCUCUAUGUAACUCAUUUUUUUUAUUGUCCUGUCAAGUGUUAUGCCUUUGUAGAAAAUUAAUGAAUAGUCACCUCUAAAUAUCGUUCAUUAUUUCUGGUCCAUUUAAUGUCCGUUAUAUGGAAGUUUUACUGUAUAAUAUGUACAAAUUAUGAAACCAUAGCAUUAUUACUUCAUACCCCGUAAAUAACUACAGUGCAUUGCGGUGAAACAGAAAUAAGUUUAUUCGAGUAAAGAGUAGGCAAUGUUUGGCAACAAAUCAUUUCAUGAAUGGGACACUAUGAAAAACAAUUAAUAAUUAUAAUGUAGAAAUUGCAAAACAGCGCUUAAAACGGGAAUUAAACUUACUAGGCGAUUGUCCUAAUACUGAGCUUCAAUGCUAUUUUCGUAUUACUUAAUGUAUUGCUCACAAUAAUUUGAAUUUAAAUGUUAUUAUUAAUUUGCUAAUGAAAUUUGUUCCAGUUUUAAAACUAACCAAUUUUAUAAAUUACUUCUAAAGUGCUAUUUGUGUUAAAUUUUAUAUUUAUACAUAUUACUACAUUAAAUAAUUGUGUAUAUUCUUUUUCUGAAACAGUUUCAUUGCUCUUUUUAGUAUCUCAAAUUACACGUGUAAAGUUUGAUGCACAUUCAUAAACGUUUUAUAAUUUUUAAAUUAUGUUUUUAAGAUUACGUGAUAUUCAAAUGUGUUGUAUCCGUUUUACAAUUAUACAGCAAAUUUGUGUUCAGCAGAGACAACUUUGUGCUGUUAACUUUAAUAUUAGAGAGAAUUACAUCUAUUAUUAAAUUAAAUGAUUAUAUUGAUUUUUUUUUAUAUUUUAUUUUUUAAGUGAAAUAGAUAUCUAAAAAAUAAGUAAAUAUAUGCAAUAUCACAAUUUAAUAAUACAUAUAUAUAAUUUGAAGAUUAAAUUAUCAAAAAAAAAUUGACAGUGUUGCAUAGAUAAUGUUAUAAUCUUUAAGAUUGAUAAUGCGUCAAUUUACUUUAAUACAAAAACUAUUUACACAAAGUUUCCCUGCUAAAUGCUAAUUUGCAUAUAUUUUCAUACAUUUGUAACUCAAAGAUAGUACAAUAUGAUAGUAUCAUAUCUCCAUCAGAGUAGACGUUUGUUUUUCCAAAAGUUUAAAUACAGAUGCUUAUUUUUUAUUUAUUUUAAUUUUAAUCUUUAUUAUAUUAUGUUGUACAUAUCCUUAACAUUUAAUUUAUUCAGAUGGGAAAAACCUCAUGUUUUGUACGGUCAACUCUUAGAUUGGUUGCGGUGGGGUGUAGCUUGGGGACCAAUUAUAAUGAGUCUAAUUCAAUUUUUUAAUUAUAUCCUUGGUUUGAAAUAAUUCAAUAUAAGUAACCAAAAAGGGAUUUGGGACACAGUUUAAUAAUACA